CUUGGCGCCAAAAGGAGAAAGAGCCACGAUGGCGUUUGGGCAAACCCUAAUAUCAAGCAGAAACAUGUUGUUCACCGUCGUCCCACAAACCCUAAACCAAACACCAAAACCCUAUCUUUCUUCCCAUCUCCAUCUCCAACUCCUCGGAACUCGUCUUUUUUCCUUGCCAAACAAAAGCGUUUUUCCUUCCGAACACUUAAAUGCUCCAUCGAUUACAGAGACCAAAACUACAACCUUCAAGUAUCGUAUCCAAAGCCCUCAGAAAUCCCGUGGAGCAAGGAACUCUGCAAUACGGUGCACCUAAUCGGCAAUGUCGGCGCCCCCGUUGAAAUCAAGCACUUGCCUUCCGGCAAAAUCCUUGCCUGGACUCGACUUGCCGUCAGAAAAUCCCCCUCCGAUACUACAUGGAUUAAUUUGACAUUCUGGGAUGAGCUGGCUAAUACUGCGUAUCAGCAUGUGGAGAAAGGGCAACAACUAUAUGUAUGUGGUCGUCUGGUUUCAGAUACGGUUGAAAGUGACGAUGGCAAACAGCAGACUUAUUACAAGAUAGUUGUCCAACAAAUAAAUUUCAUCGAAAGGAACUCAUCCUCCCCGGCCUCAUAUGAUCGUGUCUUUGGUGAUAGGAAAUUUGGCAACAAUGGUGCAAAUAAUACCGGCUCUCCUAUGGAACUAUGGCAAGCUUUUUUUGCCAAUCCUACUGAAUGGUGGGAUAAUAGGCAGAACAAGAGGAACCCUAAAUAUCCAGAUUUUAAGCACAAGGACACUGGAGAAGCUCUGUGGAUUGAAGGUAGGAAUACUCCCCACUGGGUGAAAUCACAGCUGGAGAUACUAGAUUCCAGAAUGAGCUCUCUUCAAGAUGAGGAUGAAAGGAAGUUUUCUUCGAUGGCUGGUGACGAUGUUUUGCCUUUCUAAUGGUUUAUACUAGUGUGUAAUGAUGGUGCUAUAGGUUGAUUAUUCUGCAAUGUGGAAGUUUUUGUAAGUCUCAAUAGCCUGAAG